AUACGUCUUCCAUACUUUAUUUUUUGCAGUCGUGCGUUCUAACUUUAAGACCAGCGUAUGGUGUGAUUGGUUGUUACAAAAGCGGAAGGUUUAAAUUGCUCAAGUUGAAAAUUUGUUUUUAUUGAUGAGGAUGGUCAUUUUUUGUAGUUAAUUUAGUGGUUUAUUUGUAGUUAUGUAUAGUUGUCUGUUGAUUGUGUUAUUUCCCGUUCUGUUGUAGAGUAAUUAUUGUUUGUUAAAAAUUUGUUUUCUGGUAAUGGGACUUUAAGUAUAUCUUUGGUAUUUAAAACAGUUAAGUCGUGUUAGGAUGGGACAUUUGAUUACGUGUUAAGUAUAUGACCGUUUUAUGUAGUUCAUUUUGUAUUAAUUUAUAAUUAUUUGGAAUUUUUGUUAAGGUACGUGUGUGUAUUUAGAGAGGACGGUAUGUUGUUUUAGCUUACAUGUUUCUGACUGAUCGUAUAAGUUGAUAAUAAAGAUUAAAAGCGAAUAAUAAUGGAAGCAGAUUUUUUUUGUAGUCACUAGGAUAACUCUUGACUGCUGUUUUGUUAGUGCGUUGGCUGAUCUUGAAUAUAAAUUAAGUGUCGUAUUUAAGUGUUUCCUGCAUUCUUUAUUUUUGCGUUAAGUAUGUGGCUGAGUAAAGAACUCCAUACACUACGUUUACGUUUAAGUAAUUCGUCAGUUGUCAAAUAUUAAUUAAAUGAUUUUGCACUGCAGUUGGUUAAGAAAAAGGUAGUAGGGGGUAGAUCAAUAUGACCACAUGGUGUAAUAGUUCAGUAUGAAGCAGUAAUGUAGCCAGCAUUUAAGCCUAGUAUUGUUAAAGUAUAAAUCUUUGGUUAGCCUACUGUAAUAUGGAUUAAAAUUUUAUGUACUAGAACGUGUAGUUAAGAGCACUCAUAAGAUGUGCGAGUGAAAAAGGUGUUAGGUUGAAGUACAUUUAAAUGUAGUGUCAAAACGAUAUCUUUUGGAAGGGUUUAUGUCGUGGUUUUUGGUAGUAAGUACCCAAUGUAUGUCUCACCUGUGAUUGCAUUUUGAACCGACGGGCUAUAAGCUAUGUAUUAUAGAGCGAUUGUUUAGUAAUUAUUAUCCCCAAAGUAACUACUUCCGGCUGACUUCAUCCUGAAAGAAACCCACAGAAAAUUCACCAGAAGUUGACAAUGACUGACAGCCCAUCUGCUGCUUUUGAAGGUUCUGGUGCAAAUCUCCAUAUGAAAUCUCGCUGCAGGAUGUUAUUAAAUCUGGUGUGGGAUAGAGGCUCAGUUCCAUUUUCUCCUGAGCCAAUGUCCCCGAUCUCUACGUUGACCACAGACUUCAGUAAUCUCAGUGCCUGUAACAGUGAUACACCAAAGCGAUUCCUAGACUUGUCAAAUCUCAGUAACUGCGGUGAUCCACUACCCUCCAUGGCAGAGUCUUCUGAAGGAGUAACAGAUGAACCAGACUCUCCAGAUCCAAAUGCUUUACACAUUGAAGAGCAAUGGCAUAAAAUGAGCCCUGAUAUUAGAGAGAGCAAGAAGAAAACUCACCUGCGAUGUAUUGAUACUGCAGUGCCAAGAAUGCUGUGCAGUAGUCCAAAGAUGCACAAUCCACCCAUCAGGUUAACUGGGAGAGGAAGCUUGAGGGAAGCAAGCCCUCUUUUGGGAAAGAACACUGAUAAUCAGUGGUAUAGAGUGCCAGCGGCAGUUGCAACCAAGCCUAUUCAGAAGGAAGGCCUUCUUGUGCAGAACCCAUCAUCAGGACCUUUGUUGCCUGACAUGAGUGAAGACUGUGACAUGAGAGAGCUGGGUAGCCCAAUCACUCUUGUACCCCAUGACACCGCUCCUGCUACUGAUGACGUGAUUGGCUUAGACGGUAUUGAUGGCUUUUCAGAGUUGCUGCGUGACAAUGAACCCGAGAAUUUCAACACUACAUCCAUGUCAUCCAGUAUGGCCAUGUUGUUUUCAGGACCACUGAUGACGCACAAUCUGGAAAUCAGUAAUGUAUCACUGUCCAAAGGGAGGUUGUACCGUUCCCCCUCCAUGCCAGAGAAACUGAACCGACCGGUCUUGAAAAGAUCAGUGGCUCAUCAGGGAAAUGAAACUCCAAUAAAGACUAAACGCAGGAGGAGCUUUGACAGCCCCAUCCAUGAAGAAGAGGACAAAGAAAAUGAACCUGAGCUAUUGAGACUGAGGAAGACACUCUCACUGUGUGAUGUAGAUGUAGUUAAAGUGUUGGAUGAAGAUUCAAGCCACUGCCAGCUGAUUGGAGAUUUUUCCAAAGUUUAUGUACUGCCUACUGUAGCGGGAAGACACCAGGAUCUCAAGUAUAUUUCUGCUGAGACCUUGGCAGCUUUGCUCUGUGGAGAAUUUCACAGUCUGAUUGAAAAAUAUUUUAUAAUUGAUUGCCGCUACCCAUACGAAUAUAAUGGAGGUCACAUUAAGGGGGCCCUGAAUCUACACAAACUCAAUGAAGUAUAUGAGUAUUUCCUGGCCAAUCCCUUGAUUCCAAAAUCUGAAAAUAAACGCAUCAUUAUCAUCUUUCACUGUGAAUUCUCAUCGGAGAGAGGACCAAGAAUGUGCCGUUUCCUGAGGGAAGAAGAUCGGAGCUUAAAUGAAUACCCAGUUCUCUAUUACCCAGAGCUGUAUGUUUUGAAGGGAGGCUACAAAGAUUUCUAUCACGAGUAUGAGGAGUUUUGUGAUCCCAGAGGAUACUGCCCUAUGCAUCAUAAAGACUACAAAGAGGAACUGCUGAAAUUCCGUACAAAGAGUAGAUCAUGGGCUGCAGAACGCAGAAGACGAGAACAGAUUACAAGACUCAUGAAAAUGUGAUGUGAGGAGGGAAAUCGCAUGGUGUGAUGUACUUUUCAGCUGAACAAUGUGAAUCUAAGAGACUGAAUUUCCACCUUCAUCCUUUUACCCUGUAUGAGUCUGGGGGAUUGAAGGGAAUCUUGAAUAAAUCACUGUGAUCGUUAUGUCUCGCUACUGUGUAGGGGAAAUAUUGUAUUUACAUUUCUGUCACUGUUUAACUUUAAUGCUGCUUAUUUAUCAGUAACCUAUGGGAGAGGCAAUAGUAGAAAAAGUCUGCAGGCCAAAUAUGAGAUUUUGGACCCCAGUUUUGUACUGUUUACUGUGUGUAGGCACAGGUAUUUUAUCACUAAGCAUGUGCUGUCUCUUGAAACACUUUAACUGGAUUCAUAUUGUACAUUUACAUUGUUUCAAAUGAUCUCCUAUGCUGUGAGAUGUGGUCAUAGAAAGACAGUAUCUCUUGAUUUGUAAUCAUACUGGUUUUCAGGUUUUGAGACUUGGCAGUAAUGACAUGUGUUCUGCAAGUUCUAAUCAGCUGCACCUGAAUGCGCCUGUGUACUUUGCAGGUUGUUACUGACUUGGGAAUCCGUGUUCUGUCAGCUAUUUUUGUAUGCCUAUGAUUCAGACUGGCAUGCCUGUUCUCUAUCCAUGUUCUUAGACUACCCAAGUGCUUAUAUUAUAUGUAAGUUUUCAACAACUAA